AUUUGUACCAGUUGGUGGUGAAAAGAUGCUCACUUUCAUGGAUGAGUUUAAUAUGCCAGCAAAAGACAGUUCUGGUUCUCAACCGCCACUGGAACUGAUCCGUCAAUGGUUAGAAUAUGGAUUUUGGUAUGAUCGUUUGAAGCAAACUAGGAAGAAAAUAAAAGGUAUGCAGUUGAUGGUGGCAAUGGGUAUACCAGGUGGCGGAAGAAUGGUAAUAUCUCGACGUCUUCAAGCCCAUUUUCAUCAGAUUGCUGUCACAUUCCCAACGGAAGUCAAUCUUAGACGAAUUUAUGGUACAAUGUUAAGUCAAAAACUGCAAGAUUUUGAAGAUGAAGUUAAAUCAAUGGCAGAUAAUUUAACUCAAGCUUCCAUCGAUCUAUACAAUGCAGUUGUUAUUAAAUUUCUACCAACACCAACUAAAAUUCACUAUUUAUUUAAUUUAAGAGAUAUUUCCAAGAUCUUUCAAGGUUUACUCCGAUCCAGUAAACACUAUAUUGAUACUCGUAAUUCAAUGCUUAGAUUAUGGAUACAUGAAGGAUUACGUGUAUUCUCUGAUCGAUUAAUAGAUGAUAAGGAUAGAACAACAUAUGUUGACUUGGUAGGCGAUUCAUUGGCUACACAUUUUGAUCAAACAUUUCAUGCUCUGUGUCCAGCUAAACAAGCACCUAUAUUUGUUGACUUUAUGAAUGCAGACGGUGCAUAUGAAGAUGUAACCGAUUUAGACAGAUUGCGUAAAUUUAUGGCAGAAACCUUAAAAGAAUACAAUGAGUCACCUGGUAUGGUACGGGUAGAUUUAGUAAUGUUUCGUGAUGCAAUAGAGCACACAUGCAAGAUAGUUCGUGUAAUCAACCAGCCAAGAGGUAAUAUGUUGUUAAUUGGUAUUGGAGGUAGCGGUCGACAAAGUUUAAGCCGUUUAGCCGCUUAUAUAUGUGAAUAUAAAACAUUCCAAGUUGAAGUAACAAAACACUAUCGUAAACAAGAAUUUAGAGAAGAUUUAAGGAAAAUGUACUUCCAAGCUGGUGUAGAAAAUAAACCGACUGUAUUUUUAUUCACGGAUGCACAAGUAUUAGAUGAAUCAUUUUUAGAAGAUAUUAAUAAUAUGCUAAGUUCAGGUGAAGUACCUAUUUUAUACAAACCAGAUGAAUUUGAAGAAGUUCGACAAGAGUUGAUGGAUGUUGCUAAACAAGAAGGUGUUGAUGAAUCAACUCAAUCAAUAUUCCGUUUCUUCAUUGAACGUGUACGAGCCAACUUGCAUAUUAUUUUAUGCAUGAGCCCAAUUGGUGAACCAUUUCGUAAUCGUAUUCGAAUGUUUCCAGCCUUUGUUAAUUGUACUACAAUUGAUUGGUUUAGUGAAUGGCCACUUGAAGCUUUAUUAGAAGUAGCUGAGAAAUAUUUAUCUUCUGUUGAUAUUAAUAUUAAUGAACCAGAUCCACAAAUUUUGGUCAAGAAACAGGCCAGAAUGAGAAUUUCUGUGGCAAAAAUAUUCGCUAAUAUGCAUCGGUCAGUCACUGAUAUGGCAAUAGUUAUGCUAAGUGAAUUGAAACGUCAUAAUUAUAUUACGCCAACAAAUUAUUUAGAACUUGUCUCUGGUUAUAAAGUUCUUCUCUAUCAGAAACGUCAAGAAUUGAGUGACAAGGCGAAUAAGUUAACAAAUGGUCUUGGUAAAAUUGAUGAAACACGUAAAAAAGUUGAAGUAAUGUCUGUGGAAUUAGAAGAAGCUCGAAAGAAGGUAUCAGCCUUUCAAAAAGAAUGCGAUGAUUACUUAGUAGUUAUUGUUCAACAAAAACGUGAAGCUGAUGAGCAAGCGAAGUCUGUUAUGCAAACUCAAGAAAGAAUAAAAAUAGAUGAAGCUAAAUGUUUACAUAUGGCUGAAUUAGCUCAAGCUGAUUUAGCCCAAGCUAUGCCAGCAUUAGAAGCAGCUGUACAAGCUUUAGAAGCAUUAAACAAAAAAGAUAUUACAGAAAUUAAAUCCUAUGGUAAACCACCACUUCUUGUACAAAAGGUUAUGGAAGCUGUUAUGAUUCUACGUGGUGCAGAUCCAAGUUGGGCUGAAUCAAAACGACAACUUGGUGAACAAGAUUUUAUUAAACAAUUAAUAAACUUUGACAAAGAUAAUAUAAGCGAUAAAACUUUGAAGAAAAUUAGUCAAUACUGUGCUCAAGAUGAUUUUCAUCCUGAUGUAGUUGGCAAGGUCUCUAGUGCAGCUAAAUCGCUAUGUAUGUGGGUAAGAGCAAUGGAUGUUUAUGGUCGGGUAUACAGGAUUGUUGAACCAAAACGUCAAAGACUUCAACAGGCUGAAGAAGUAUUACGUGAAAAACAAGCACAAUUAGCAGCUGCCCAGGCUAAACUUGAUGAAGUCAAUGCUGAAAUGCGUCGAUUACAACAAGAGUAUAAUGAAAAGAUGGAACAAAAAGAAGAACUACGCAGAAAAGCUGAGCAUACAGAGAAAAUGUUAGACAGAGCGAGUAAAUUAGUCAGUGGGUUAGCUGGUGAAAAGACAAGAUGGGAAGAAAGUGUUGCUGAUCUCUUACGACGUAUUGAAUUAUUACCUGGGGAUUGUUUAUUGUCUGCAGCUUUCUUAUCUUAUAUGGGUCCAUUUUUAAGUGAAUAUCGUGAGAAAUUAGUGAAAAAUUGGUUAGGAUUAAUUCGAAGUGAAAAUGUACCCGUUACAGAUCCAUUCAUUUUUACUGACUUUUUAGCUGAUCCAACUCAAGUCAGAGAAUGGAAUAUACAAGGUUUACCACGUGAUACUUUCUCAGUUGAAAAUGGUGUAAUUGUAACCCGUGGUAAUAGAUGGCCAUUGAUGGUCGAUCCACAGAAUCAAGCCUUAAAAUGGAUCAAAUCAAUGGAAGGAAAAGAUCUGAAAGUUAUCGAUUUACAAACACCAGAUUAUAUGCGUACACUAGAACUUGCAGUAUUAUAUGGUCAGCCGGUAGUACUUCAAAAUGUUCAAGAACAACUAGAUCAAGCUCUUGAUCCUAUAUUGACAAAAUCUUUGAUUAAAGUUGGUGGUACAUUGAUUAUGAAAUUAGGAGAUAAAGAAAUCGAAUAUAAUGAUAAAUUUAGGUUUUAUAUUACCACUAAAUUGCCCAAUCCCCACUAUACACCAGAAAUCUGUUCAAAAGCUUUAAUUGUAAAUUUUGCUGUAAAGCAACAAGGAUUAGAAGCUCAACUACUCGGUAUUGUAGUACGUAAAGAACGUCCUGAAUUAGAAGAACAAAAAGAUAAUUUAGUUAUGGGAAUUGCUGCAGGUAAACGUAAACUCACAGAGUUAGAAGAUGAAAUUCUAAGAUUAUUAAAUGAAGCUCAAGGUUCAUUGUUAGAUGAUGAACAACUUGUUAAUACACUACAAACAUCAAAAACUACUUCAUCUGAAGUAACUGAACAAUUACGUGUAGCUGAAAAAACUGAAGUACAAAUUGAUAAAGCUCGUGAAGGCUAUCGUCCUUGUGCUGAACGUUCAUCAAUCUUAUUCUUUGUAUUAAAUGAUAUGAGUCGUAUAGAUCCAAUGUAUCAAUUUUCAUUAGAAGCUUAUAUUGAUUUAUUCACUUUGAGUAUUGAUAAAAGUCCUAAAUCAGCAAAAUUAGAUGAUCGUAUAUUACACUUGAAUGAUUAUCACACUUAUGCUGUAUAUCGUUACACCUGUCGUGGUCUAUUUGAACGGCAUAAAUUAUUAUUUUCAUUUCAUAUUUGUUUACAAAUAUUAGAAGCAGCUGGUAAAGUGAAUCAAGAUGAGUAUAAUUUCUUUUUACGUGGUGGUGUUGUAUUAGAUCGUGAAAAUCAAUUUGAUAAUCCAUGUACAUCAUGGUUAACUGAACAAUGUUGGGAUAAUAUCACGGAAUUAGAUAAAUUAGCUAGUUUUCAUGGGAUUGUUACCUCAUUUGAACAAUAUUCAAGAGAUUGGAAUUUAUGGUAUACAGCAGCUGAACCAGAGAAUAGUCCAUUACCUGGUGAAUGGGAUAAUACAUUGAAUGAAUUUCAACGUAUGCUGAUUGUACGUUCAUUGAGACCAGAUCGUUUAGCAUUUUGUGCAACAAGUUUUAUUGUUAAUAAUUUAGGCAGUAGAUUUGUUGAACCACCAGUAUUAGAUAUGAAACAAGUAGUGGAUGAUAGUUCUACAAGAACACCGCUUAUAUUCGUCUUAUCACCGGGUGUAGAUCCUACAGCUGGACUUUUACAAUUAGCUGAUAAUUGUGGAAUGGUUAAAAAAUUUCAUGCUUUAUCCUUGGGUCAAGGUCAAUCACCAAUAGCAACAAGAUUAAUUAAAGAAGGUAUAAAAGAAGGCAAUUGGGUAUUUUUAGCUAAUUGUCAUCUGUCAUUAUCAUGGAUGCCUGCAUUAGAUAAGAUUGUUGAACAAUUAGGCAUAGAAGAACCACAUUCUGAUUUUCGUUUAUGGCUUUCAUCAAGUCCAAGUCCAUCAUUUCCUAUUUCUAUUCUACAAGCUGGAAUAAAGAUGACUACUGAACCACCGAAAGGAUUACGUGCAAACAUGAAACGAUUGUAUCAUCUUGUAAAGGAGGAUCAAUUUUCUUCAUGUCAAAAACCAGAGAAAUAUAAAAAACUUCUCUUUGCAUUGUGCUAUUUUCAUUCUGUUCUACUAGAGCGUAGAAAGUUUUUAAUGCUUGGCUGGAAUAUCCCAUAUGAAUUUAAUGAUUCUGAUUUUGAAGUAUCUGAACAUUUACUGACAAAUUAUUUAGAACAAUACGAUGAAACAGCAUGGGAUGCACUGCGUUAUUUAAUAGCAGAUAUUAAUUAUGGUGGUCAUGUAACAGAUGAUUGGGAUCGUCGAUUGCUAAAUACCUAUAUAGGUGAUUAUUUCAAGGAGGAAGUGUUGAAAGAACCAUUCUUCAAGCUAUCAUCAUUACCACAUUAUUAUAUACCAAGAGAUGGUACAUUGAAUGCUUACAGAGAAUUUGUUUCUUUACUACCACAAAUUGAUCAUCCUGAAGCAUUUGGUCAACAUCCAAAUGCAGAUAUUACUUCACAAAUUCAAGAGACAAGAAUGCUAUUAGAUACACUGCUUUCAUUGCAACCACAGACAUCACAAGGAACUGGUAUUUCACGUGAAGAAAAAGUACUUGAAUUAAUUGAUAAUCUUCAAAAGCAAUUACCUGAAGAUAUUGAUUAUGAAGGCACUGUAAAAAUAUUUGCAACAGAUCAUUCACCACUAGUAGUUGUUCUACUACAAGAAAUACAACGUUACAAUCAUCUUCUUGGUUUGAUACGUAAUCAACUGUCAGAUUUAAACAAAGGUAUUCAAGGCUUGGUUGUUAUGUCCUCAGAACUGGAGCAGAUAUUCACUUCAAUUUUUGAUGGACAUGUUCCAGAACAAUGGAGUAAGACAUAUUCUUCAAUGAAACCAUUAGGUUCAUGGUCUAGAGAUUUAGCCGCGCGAGUGGAAUUAUUCGCUAAAUGGGCGCGUACAGCACAUCCACCAAAAUUAUUUUGGAUUGGUGCAUUCACUUUUCCAACAGGUUUUCUUACAGCUGUACUACAAACAGCAGCAAGAAAGAAUAAUGUUUCUGUAGAUAGUCUGAGCUGGGAAUUUACUGUCCUGGCAACAAGUGAUGCAAAUGUAUUAGCUGCACCAAAAGACGGUGUUUACAUUAGUAAUUUAUAUCUACAAGGUGCUGGAUGGGAUAGAAAAAAUUAUUGCCUAAUUGAAGCUGCACCAAUGCAGCUAGUUUGUCCAAUGCCUGGUGUACACUUUAAACCAGUUGAAAAUAAAAAGAAAUCACCUAAAAACAUAUACGUGGCUCCGUGUUACUAUUAUCCAAAUCGAGCUGGUACAACAGAUAAACCUUCAUUUAUGAUUGGAGUUGAACUGAAAACCGGUGAAAAACCACCAGAACAUUGGACAAAAAGAAGUACUGCACUCUUAAUGAAUUUGGAUGUUUAACAUUUACUAUUUCUUUACACAAGUCCAUUGUAUCUAUAGCUCAUUCAAAAAUAUUUAUCGCUACACAUUCUAUUUAUGAUAAUCCUUUUACUGAUUAUUGUAAUAGAAAUUAUAGGGAUUGUACUACUAGGAAUGUUAUUGUAAAUUAAUAUUCUUGCAAUUAUCAGUCGUCA